AUGAGUUUAAAAGAUGCUGACAGUGCAGUUUGCCAGGCAAAGGCAGCCUAUAAUCUUCAUAUUUACCCCCAACUCUCAACAGAAAGCGCUCCCUGCUGCAAAGUGACAGCAACCAAGGACAGCACAUCUUCAGAUGUCAUCAAGGAUGUGAUUAAUAUCUUAAACUUGGAUGUCUCAAAACAUUAUGUGCUCGUGGAAGUGAAAGAAUCGGGUGGUGAAGAAUGGGUACUUGAUAUAAAUGAUUCUCCUGUUCAUAGGGUUUUACUUUGGCCUCGUCGUGCUCAGGAUGAGCAUCCACAAAAGGAUGGGUACUACUUUCUUUUACAAGAAAGGAACACUGAUGGGUCCAUCAAAUAUGUCCAGAUGCAAUUGCUUUCCAAGGAGACAGAUGCUCGGCGAUUGGUUGAAAGGGGUUUUCUUCCGUGGCAUCAGGAGGACUUUGAUGACUUAUGCAAUCUCCCCAACUUAACGGAGACAACACUCCUAGAGAACCUCAAAUGCCGCUUUCUAAAACACAAAAUUUAUACUUAUGCUGGAAGUAUUCUGAUUGCAAUUAACCCUUUCAAGUUCCUGCCCAUUUAUAAUCCUAAAUAUGUCAAGAUGUAUGAGAAUCAUCAGCUCGGGAAGCUGGAGCCUCAUAUUUUUGCCAUUGCUGAUGUGGCUUAUCACACAAUGCUUAAAAAACAUGUUAAUCAGUGCAUAGUUAUAUCAGGUGAAAGUGGGUCUGGGAAAACUCAAAGCACAAACUUCUUAAUUCACUGCCUCACGGCGCUGAGCCAGAAAGGGUACGCAAGUGGUGUGGAGAGAACUAUUCUAGGAGCUGGACCAGUUCUGGAGGCAUUUGGAAAUGCCAAAACGGCACAUAACAAUAACUCCAGUCGUUUUGGGAAGUUUAUUCAAGUCAACUAUUUAGAGAAUGGUAUUGUCCGAGGGGCUGUUGUUGAAAAAUACCUGCUUGAAAAAUCUCGUCUGGUUUCUCAAGAAAAGGAUGAAAGGAACUACCAUGUCUUUUAUUAUUUGCUACUUGGAGUCAAUGAGGAAGAGAGUAAAGAAUUUCACCUCAAGCAACCCGAAGAUUAUUUCUACCUCAAUCAGCAUAACUUGAAAAUUGAAGACGGGGAAGAUCUCCGACAUGACUUUGAAAGAUUAAAACAAGCCAUGGAGAUGGUUGGCUUCCUUUCAGCAACAAAAAAACAGAUUUUUUCAAUACUUUCAGCUAUUCUUUAUUUGGGCAACGUUACAUACAAGAAGAAAGCUACAGGUCGUGAUGAAGGGUUGGAAGUAGGACCUCCGGAAGUCUUGGACAUUCUUUCCCAGCUUUUGAAAGUUAAACGAGAAAUUCUAGUAGAAGUGCUAACAAAAAGAAAAACUGUGACAGCCAACGAUAAACUUAUUUUGCCAUAUAGUCUCAAUGAGGCAAUAACAGCUCGUGAUUCAAUGGCAAAGUCCUUAUACAGUGCUCUGUUUGAUUGGAUUGUUCUGCGAAUCAAUCACGCUCUCCUUAAUAAGAAGGACAUGGAGGAAUCUGUUACAUGUUUGUCCAUUGGUGUACUUGAUAUUUUUGGAUUUGAAGACUUUGAAACCAACAGUUUUGAACAGUUCUGUAUAAAUUAUGCUAAUGAGCAGCUUCAGUAUUAUUUCAAUCAGCACAUUUUCAAAUUGGAACAGGAGGAAUAUAAGAGUGAAGGGAUCACUUGGCACAAUAUUGACUAUACUGAUAAUGUGGCCUGCAUUCACUUAAUCAGCAAGAAGCCCACUGGCCUCUUCUAUCUUCUGGAUGAAGAAAGCAACUUUCCCCAUGCCACCAACCAAACUCUGCUUGCAAAAUUCAAACAGCAGCAUGAGGAGAACAAGUUUUUUGUUGGAACCCCGGUGAUGGAGCCUGCUUUUAUUAUUCGACACUUUGCUGGCAAAGUUAAAUACCAGAUAAAAGAUUUCAGAGAGAAAAAUAUGGAUUACAUGAGACCUGAUAUUGUUGCUUUACUACGAAGCAGUGACAGUGCUUAUGUUCGGGAGCUGAUAGGAAUGGACCCUGUAGCUGUGUUCCGCUGGGCAGUUCUGCGGGCAGCUAUUCGAGCAAUGGCUGUCUUUGCAGAAGCGGGACGCCAAAGAGCUCAGAAGACUGCAGGAGUGGUACGUCAAGGACCCAGAGUUCCCCUUGGAGAACUCCAGAGAUCAAAUACACCAGUAGAAAAAGUUUAUCGAGACAUGUAUGAACAAAUCAUCGCAAGUAUAAAAGGACUUCCAUGGCAGGGUGAUGAUCCCUGUAAGCUGCUUCGGUCACUCAGUCGACUUCAACACCGCUCCCACUUCAUGAAGAGUAGAGGUAUCAAACAAAAGCAGAUCAUUCCCAAGAAUUUGCUGGAUUCCAAAUCUCUGAAGCUCAUAGUAAGCAUGACUCUGCAUGACCGAACUACAAAAUCCCUUUUGCACUUACACAAAAAGAAGAAACCCCCUAGCAUAAGUGCACAGUUCCAGACUUCACUUAAUAAAUUACUGGAGACACUGGGUAAAGCUGAGCCAUUCUUCAUCCGUUGCAUCCGCUCCAAUGCUGAGAAGAAAGAGAUGCUUUUUGAUGAAGGCUUGGUGCUUCAACAGUUAAGAUACACUGGCAUGCUAGAAACUGUGCGAAUCAGAAGAUCUGGUUAUAGUGCCAAAUAUACAUUCCAGGAAUUCAUAGACCAGUUUCAGGUGUUACUGCCCAAAAAUGCCAAAGCCUCUAAGGAAGACAUUUGUGUUUACUUGAAUAAACUAAAACUGAAUGAAAACUACUAUCAAAUAGGGACGACCAAGGUUUUUAUGAAAGAGGCUGAACGGCAGAUACUACAGGAUACACUACACAAAGAAGUGAUCAGGAAAAUCAUUCUCCUUCAGAGCUGGCUCAGGAUGGUUUUAGAAAGGAGACGCUUUCUCAGAACACGGCAGGCAGCCAUUGUUUUACAGGCUUGCUGGCGUUCCCGUUGUGUUAGGGUGGCACUGCAGAGAAAUAAUGCUGCCACUCAUAUUCAGUCAGCAUGGCGAAGAUACAGGGAGCGAAAAUGCUACCUUCAGCAGAAGAGGAGAAUUUGUCUUGUGCAAGCCAUGGUCAGAGGGCAUCUACAGCGUAAGAGAUUUCAGAAAAUGGCUAUGGAAAAGCAGAAAGCUGAAGAGAAGCAGGAAGACCAAGCCAGAGAGAAUGAUGAGAGCAAGGAUGAGCUCAGUGAACCAGCAACAGAUCAGUUGCCUGGGAAACACGAGUCAGAGCUGAAUCAAACUGUUGGGGACAGAGAUCAAACUCCAAGUGAGCAAGAUGAAAACUUGAGCUCGUCUGAAAAGGCCGUGUUACCCCAGAAGAACGUGACAGAGGGCUCUGAGAAAGUGACACACAGCCGGGAGAAACGUGAAUCUCGCCGGCAGAGGGGGCUGGAACAUAACGAGUUACAGAAUAAGCAUGUCCUGUUUUCCUUUGAAGGACCAUCUUUACUGUGCCACAAGGAACAAACCUCUUCUGAAGAGGCCCUGGAAACUGUUCCAGUGCCAAAGGAAUCCUCAGCACAAGAUAUUGUCCUUCAAGGAAGCAGCGAGGGAGAGAAAAGUCCAAGUGAAGAAAAAGCUCCUUCAGACGCACCACCAUCAAGCGAGAUAAAAGAAAACAGUUCUAUUCCUGAGCAACAACCUGUAUCAGAAAGGGAAAAAGUAGAUGAUAAGGCAAUUGAUAGAAUGAAAACACAAGGGAACCAAAAUAACCAGAUAAAAGGCAGCCAAAGUUUUAACUGCCCUGAAAGGCCAACAAAUCUUGCACUGAAUCUUCAUAAUACGCUAUCUGCUACUGGGAGCUUUCGAACUCCAGCUGAAUGCUGGGCAGAUAAAACCAAACAUCCUGCCCAGAAGGCAACCAAAGAUCUGGAUAGUCCCACCACUUCCCCAAUCCAGAGAUAUGUGGAUGACCCAGGGAAACUAAAGUACAAGAGAGAGAAGUGGAAAGGAAAGAGACAGUCUGAUGCCAGUCAGAAUGAUAUGCUGAGUCAGUCUUUGGAUGAAAGAACACGAGCGGAUAAGUCUCCGCAGGAUCAGCUUGAAAGGAAGGGGAACUCAUCUUCAUUAAGUGAUCUCGCAACACUUGCCCAGUCUGUUGCCAUGAAUCAGCAAUCACCAGAUACGAUAGAAGAAGAAAAAGGCAACAAGAAAUACCCUGUGCAAAAGAAGCCCACUGACCUCUUCCCUACCUCGGAUGCAGGCGCUUCCAUGCAGUCAUCAAGUCAGCAAAUCGAUGCCAAGUCUGCUUUUAAAAGUCCUUUGCGUAGACUUUUGGGGAAAAAGCCAGACAAGAAAAUUCCAAAGGAGAGUCCUGAUGUGAUUGAUGAAGGAGAAGGCCUCUCCCUUGUGUCUUGUGUUCUCUUUUCAGAAACAGGAGGAACCCAGAAAGUUUCAGAAGCUUCUUCUGGACAGCCAAGUCGUCUCCAGGCUGGGGAGCGCCAUGUGAAAGAGAGUAGUAAAGCAAAGAAGAACCGAACUAUAAAGAUCAGCAAGAUCUCAAGUGUGUCUCAGAAUUGGCGAGCAUCCAUAGUCCGUGAGAUUGCAAAUGCCAAUGAACUGAAACAUCUUGAUGAGUUCCUCCUAAAUAAGAUCAAUGACUUACGCUCCCAGAAGUCUGGUGUUGAAUGUUUGUUUUUUGAAGCCACGGAGAAGUUUAGAGGAAACAUCAAGACCAUGUACUCUGCUCCUAAUGGACAAAUCCACGUUGGCUACAAAGAUCUGGUGGAAAAUUACCAGCUUCUAGUUACAAAUCUGGCUAAAAAAAGGGAAGAGAAAGAAGUCAAGCUGGUUUUGAAUCUCUUCCAAUCCCUUCUGGAUGAAUUCAUCAGAGGGUAUACAAAAAAAGAGGAAUCUGAGCAGCCCAAGCAAACCAAAGCCCAGAAGAAGAAACGAAAACAAGAUCGUUCAAUUGAAGAACACAAUGGCCAUGUAUUCACAAACUACCAAGUGAGCAUACGGCAGUCGUGUGAACACUGCUCGUCCUACAUCUGGCCCAUGGAAAAGGCCUGUCUCUGCAGUGUUUGCAAGUUGACUUGUCACAAGAAAUGCAUGUCGAAAAUCCAGAGCAGCUGUACAUCCUGUGGAAAAAAGAACGAACAGGAUGCAGAACCACGUCAUUUUGGAGUGUGUGUGAGUUCCCUGACCAGUGAGAGAAAUUCAGUCCCCAUUGUCAUGGAGAAGCUGCUGGAGUAUGUGGAGAUGCACGGCCUCUACACAGAAGGCAUUUACAGGAAAUCGGGAUCAGCAAAUCGUAUGAAGGAGCUGAAACAGUUGCUGCAAGCAGAUCCAAACUCAGUGAAACUGGAGAAUUACCCUAUUCACACUAUUACAGGCAUCCUUAAGCAAUGGCUACGGGAAUUACCAGAUCCACUAAUGACAUCUGCGCAGUACAAUGAUUUUCUCCGAGCUGUAGAACUACCAGAAAAACAGGAGCAACUCUGUGCCAUUUACAGUGUCCUUGAACAGCUGCCACAAGCCAAUCAUAAUACCUUGGAGCGACUCAUCUUCCAUCUGGUCAAAGUGGCUUUGAUAGAAGAUGUCAACCGUAUGUCACCCAAUGCCUUGGCCAUUGUUUUUGCUCCAUGCCUCUUGCGUUGUCCUGAUACCUCUGACCCUUUAACCAGCAUGAAGGAUGUUUCAAAAACAACCAUGUGUGUAGAGAUGCUCAUAAAGGAACAGAUAAGGAAGUACAAGAUAAAAAUGGAUGAAAUAAAUCAGCUGGAAGCAGCUGAGAGCAUCGCUUUUCGACGACUCUCAUUGCUUCGGCAGAAUACGAGUAAAAGCUCACAGGUCAAAGGAAAUGACAGUGGCAACUCAGAACUGGACUCACUGCAUGAAGAAGAGGAAGUUUCUGAAGCUGAUAACCGGGAAAAGGAGAUUCUCAUUGAUCGCAUACAGUCGAUAAAAGAAGAAAAGGAAGAUAUAACUUACCGGUUACCGGAGCUUGAUCAGCGAGGCUCUGAUGAGGAAAACGUAGACUCCGAGACCUCAGCGAGCACAGAGAGCCUGCUUGAAGACAGAACAGGACGGAUGGAUACCGAAGGUCAGUAUUAAGGUAGUGUGUCAAUUAUUGGACUACACUGCCGUGCUCAGAGCUCCAGUAUGCCUGCCAAAGACAUUUGCAAAGUGCCUUCCCUUUUGCAAAGCUCUUCAAAUUCUUCCUCUGCAUCCCUGGCUUCAAGACACAGAUCAUCUUUAACACUGUCCAAGAUUAAAGUGCCCCGUCGAACUCCAGUGAUGCCAACAGCAAAUAUAAAACUUCCACCUGGGAUUUUCAAAUGUACAGAAUCCCAGGGCAGGAUUUUGGCUAACGAAGAGUCUCAGAUAAUGAUGAGACGAAGGGAGCAGCCAGCAAGGCGAACGGAUAAAAUCCACUCUGUAUACAUUGCACACGGGUCUGCAGUGGCCCACGCUCAGGAACUCUUGGAUGAAUACGAACCCACAGCAAAAGUAAAACGGAGGUUUUCGGACCCUUACUCUCACAUUCCCUGUAUAGAGAAGUGAAAUACUUCAGCUCUCUGGACUUCUUUGAAGUUGACUGCAGCUUUGGCUUUAACCCUUUGAAGGCUGUGAACUUGUUCAUGACAUGUACAGGGAAAAAAAAAAAGUCCCCAGAUUCUGCUGCCGUGCCUUCUUCCAUUUGCCUUACAACGGACUCUAAUGGGACCAUCAGCGAGUUUGGGUC